UUAGUUUAUUGUGGUAUACUUGUUAAUUUGCAGACUGCGCAGUAUAGUGAACGAUUCAGUUUAAUUAGUCCGAUACUUUUAAUAACCAUCCGAAGGCAAACAAACUAAAGUUCUGAAGAAAAUUUUGGAGAACUCCAGCUAUGGCUGAUAGAGAGAAGUAUCUUAGGAUAUUUAACGUUACAUGGAAUGUGGCAACUAAACAUCCUGAAGAAGAUUUACAUCAACUUCUUGAUGUAACAAAUACUAAUAAAUCAAAAACUUUGCCAGACUUAUACUUUGUUGGAUUGCAGGAAGUAAAUGCUCAACCACAAAAUAUGGUAAUGAACAUGCUCUUUGAAGAUCCAUGGAGCAAAUCUUUCAGAGAAGUGUUAAAAAAAUAUGACUAUGUAAAGAUACAUACACAGCGUUUACAGGGUCUUGUUUUAAAUGUUUUUUGUUUAAGAAAACAUAUUACACAUUUAAGAUUAAUAGAGGCUCAAUAUACACGGACAGGAUGUAGAGGCAUGUGGGGCAAUAAAGGUGCAGUUAGUAUAAGAUUGAACAUAUAUGGAAUUAACAUGUGUAUUGUCAAUACACACUUGACACCACAUGAUCAUUUAUUGACUGAUAGAAUUGCAGACUAUAAUACAAUACUCACAAAUCAUAGUUUUAAUAAUCCAGAUACUUCGAAGAUAUUAUUUCAUGAUUAUGUAUUUUGGAUUGGGGACUUAAAUUUUCGACUACAUGGUGAGGACUUAACUGCAACAGAUAUUGAUAUAUUAGUUAAGAAGGAUCAACUAAAAUCCUUGUUAACAAGAGAUCAAUUGAAGAUGGUAAUGGAAAAAGGUGAAGCUUUUGCAGAAUUGCAUGAAAAUUCUAUUACAUUCCCUCCAACUUAUAAGUACGAAUUUCAUUCUCAAGCAUUUGAUCUCAAGCGUCGACCGUCAUGGACUGAUAGAAUUUUGUACAGAGUAAAUACAGAUGUUUAUGAUGACGUUAAGUUGAACGCUAUUCAGAAAAGUUAUAAAAGUCAUUCCAAUUACAUACAAUCGGACCAUAAACCAGUUACAGGAGAAUUUGAUAUUAUUGUCAGACCAAAUAUUGAAGAUCACGGUGUAGAGUUUCAACCUGUAUCAUCCUGGUUUAUAGAUGAGGAAAAUUCAGUAGCAUAUAGGUUAUUGGGAGAUGCUAGGCCUGCUAGUGGAGACUGGGUGGGACUAUUUCAUAAUAAAUUUUCUAGUUUAGACGAAUAUAUUGUGUAUGAAUACGUAGGCCGAGGUAAAUCGUCUCCGGUUUCCUUUGAACCCCAUGCGAUUAGCGAGAGAAUUUACUUCAGUGAUACGGCCAUUCGAUCUCCAGGAAUGUAUCAGUUGGUCUAUGUUGCCCAACGAGGAAAUUUUAUUGGAAUUUUAGGCAUUAGUCCUCCGUUUCCAGGACACCACAGACAUACUUGA